AACUUUACGAUAGUUACGUAUAUGAUUGAACAAUUUGGUAGGGCUUUUGAUAAUUAUUCAUUGAUAUAAAUUAUAGGAUUAGUUCUGAUCUUACACUUCAGCUAAUCUGAUAUCAUAUCAUACAAACUAUCGACAGAUUCAUGACUAAUUCAUGCUAUUAACGGGUAAUUAGGUUAUGCACAUGUAAUAUUUCAAUCCGUUAUACUCAGCAAAGCAUAAUAUCUUUGUCGCCUUACUGAUGGCUGGCAGCAUCAGUAUCUGAGUAUAAAUAAACCUUCUCUUCAAUGCUCCAACAUCUACAGACUGAGACAAGCAGACAACGUCGAGCUGUUACACACUAUUUGACAAAAUGAAAUUUAUUGUGGUAUUCAUGUUCGUGAUGCUGACAUAUGCGACUGCACAGCAGCCGGACAAAUUCAUGCAAAGGAUGAUUGCCAAAAUGAGGAGAAAUGUGGGUGAGACUGAGGUUGGGGAACCUUUGACUAUUGUUGAUCGCCUGAUCAAGAGAGGGGUCAGUUCCGGCGAUGCAGAGAAAUUUGUUCAAGCUCACAACAAAGCCAGACAGCGAGCAUGGCCAACACCCAAGGAUGAGCAAGACAUGGAGUGGGAUGACACGCUUGCCAGUACAGCCCAAAAAUACGCAGACAAGUGUAUUUGGGAACACAAUCACCAUCGUUCAGACGAGAGCGAGUACUUUUAUGUCGGAGAAAACCUUUAUGUAACGACUGCCCAAGGUGGAGUGGAACCGUCCGCUGCUGUAAAAGCUUGGGAAAGCGAGUCCAAUGAUUAUCAUUACGAAACCAAGACCUGUAACCCUGGAAGGAUGUGCGGGCACUAUACCCAGGUGAGUCGUCUUACAACAGAUGGAUGCUUCUAA